UUAGCGUUGCAAUUGGCUUUUAGUAUACGAGACCACCGCACUACAGAACACACCCCGGUUCGGCAAUGUCUGCCCACGACUACUUUAUACACUCGUUUGGAUCUGUCAGACUGUAAGGAUGGUGAAAAAAUCCGCCAACGGUGAAGUUUUUCUCCCUCCGUCAGGGGAGAAGAAACAGAAAGUCGGGUUUGUGGGACUGGAGCCCGGGGCUGCGGAGACGAGCCGAGACGGGGCACUUCUCAUCGGCGGUUCCGAUAGCACAAAACGGGGCAGCAUCCUGAGCAGACCGAGGUCCAGGGGCAGCAUCGCUCACAAAAGAAACGCGCGUUAUCGCAGACUGCAAAAUUUCCUUUACAAUGCGCUGGAAAGACCCCGCGGCUGGGCGUUCAUUUACCACGCUUAUGUGUUUCUGCUGGUGUUUUCCUGCCUGGUUCUGUCAGUGUUCGCCACGAUCAAAGAAUACAAGAAAAGCUCCGAGAGUGCCUUGUACAUCCUGGAAAUCGUGACAAUCGUGGUGUUUGGCGUGGAAUAUAUUGUGCGUAUCUGGGCAGCCGGGUGUUGCUGUCGCUACAGAGGAUGGAGAGGAAGGCUGAGAUUUGCACGCAAACCCUUCUGUAUCAUCGAUAUCAUGGUGCUUUUUGCCUCAGUGUCUGUGCUGGCCGCUGGCUCGCAGGGGAAUGUUUUUGCCACCUCCGCCAUUCGGAGUCUGAGGUUUCUCCAGAUCCUUCGAAUGCUGCGUAUGGACCGCCGAGGUGGCACAUGGAAGCUCCUGGGAUCUGUGGUGUACGCACACAGCAAGGAACUCAUUACGGCGUGGUAUAUUGGAUUCCUUUGUCUCAUCCUGGCAUCUUUCUUGGUGUACUCAGUGGAGAAGGAUGACAAUGCAGAGAUGUUCGAGACUUACGCAGACGCCCUCUGGUGGGGACUGAUAACUCUUACAACUAUCGGCUACGGGGACAAGUUUCCUAUUACAUGGAAUGGGCGUCUGAUUGCUGCCACCUUCAGUCUGAUCGGUGUUGCUUUUUUCGCUCUUCCUGCUGGUAUCCUGGGCUCAGGUUUUGCUCUGAAGGUUCAAGAGCAGCACAGGCAGAAACAUUUUCAGAAGCGCCGUAACCCUGCCGCACGUCUUAUCCAGGCUUCUUGGAGAUUUUAUGCCACAAACCUUGCGCGGACAGACCUAGUGUCCACGUGGGACUUUUAUGAGCAGACUGUGUCAGUCCCAAUGUACAGACUCAUCCCUCCUGUGAAUCAGCUGGACAUUUUAAGAAGUUUGAAAGGAAAAUCUGGUUUCAGGAAGGACUCCCAGCCAGAAGUCACUCCAAGUAGUGCGAUUUCUCACAAAGACACCCUGUGUGGGUGCUGCCCAAGAAGCAAUAGUCGUAAGCCCAGCUUAAAAGAGAAAGGCAGUCCCUCUAAGAGCACCGGGGGAAAGGAAACCAAGACCCUCAAGACAGAGGACGGAGUUAAAGAGAGUCAAAGCAAAGUGACCAAGAGCUUGAGCUUCACAGCAAAACACGCUUUCAGAAUGAAAGAUGGAGCUUCUCGGCAGAACUCUGAAGUGCUGAUUGAGUUGCAAGACGAGGACUUCGCCAUGAAGAGUUCUCCAGCGAUUGAGGGCUUAAUCAAGGCGAGCCUUCCAGAGGAGCUUGGGGACGACAGGGGUUUCAACUGCGAGUUUGUGCCGGAUCUGUCUCCGGGACUCAAGGUCACCAUCAGAGCAAUCUGUAUUAUGCGGUUCCUGGUGUCUAAGAGGAGAUUUAAAGAGAGCCUCAGGCCCUAUGACGUGAUGGAUGUGAUUGAGCAGUAUUCAGCCGGCCAUCUGGACAUGCUGUCACGCAUCAAAAACCUUCAGUCCAGGAUAGAUUUGAUUGUGGGUCCCCCUCCCCCCUCGACCCCUCGUCACAAGAAAGUGGAUCAGAUUGUGGGAAAAGGAGGCGGGACAGGAGAAAAGGACAAACCCAAAAGCGACACAGAGAUGGCUGAGGACCAGAGCAUGAUGGGACGUCUGAACAAGAUGGAGAAACAGGUGGGUGCAAUGGACCUCAAACUCAACUUUUUGGUCAGCGUGUAUACAACGCAAAUGGGCAUCCCGCGAUCUGAGACCGAAGCUCUCCUGGGCUUUAAAAUCCCUUACCCUGCUCCUCCUUACCACAGCCCUGACGAUAAGAGCGAGAAAGCACAGAACGAGGACGAGGAUAAAAACAAGAGCGGGUCCCCUGUCCAUCCUGGUCCCAACAGGACUCCCACAGACAGCCAGUGUCGGCCCUCUACCUCGUGGCACCAGCAGGAAGAACAUCCCCUCAGCGUGCCUCUCUGGAACAACAGCCGAGGAGUGUCACCGAUAGGCACCGACGACCCCUCACUGUACCGCCUCCCGCCUCCACCGUUCCACGAGAGCGGUGACAACAGCCGCUCGCGCAGGUCCAGGAGACCCAUCCAGCAGCAGGCAGCCGUCGAGAGUGACACGUCUCUGUCCAUUCCCUCGGUGGACCAUGAGGAACUAGACCGCUCUUUUAGUGGCUUUAGCAUUUCUCAGGCCAGAGAAGGGGAAUAUGUGCCUCCGGUGGGUCUGGGGCUUUUUGGUGGAGGAGGCGGGACGCUGUGCACCCGUCUCAGGCCUUACCUGGCCGAGGGGGAGUCAGAUACGGACUCCGACCUGUAUACGCCCGGAGCACCGUCACCUCUCUCGUUUACAGGAGAGGGGCCUUUCGGUGACAGGAUGUGGCCCGGUCUGAAGUAGUUUUGAAUUUAUGUUGUGCAGACCAGUGUCCUGGAUGUAGCAGAUGGACAUGUAUGUGGCCAUUUAAAACUGUCGGAAAAACACACGUGGGAAUGAUUACUGAUGCAACAUCAGCAAGAACGAAUCAUGAACUUUGCGAUUUAAAAAAGACCCCAAACAAGGAGGCUGAGGAUAUGUGCGUUCACAAGCGGAAAAGAUUGUGUGUAUUCAAUUACCGGCAUGGAUCUUACUCGAAUCAAACAAGGCACCUCUUCUUUAUAGUUUGCGUAGUCACCACAGCU